AUGAGAAUCGAAAGAAGGGGGAAGACGUUUACGAGGGGAGGGAGGGAGGAAGAUUUACGAGAGCCGGGUUCAGUCGUCCCGUUCGCCUUCGCCGACGCGACAGUCGAGGUCGAACCCGGGAGGAUGCAGGGCGAGGGCGAAGGGAGGAUGCAGGGCGAGGGCGAAGGGAGGGCGUGGGGGGAGGGUGCCCUCCCCGUCAUCGACUUGGGGCUCGUUCGCGCGGGACGGCGGUCCGAGGUGGCGGGUCGGCUCCUGGCCGCCCUGGAACACUCGGGGUUCUUCUACGUCACCGGCAUCCCCGGAUACGACUCGAACGCCUUGCUGCGACACACCAAAUGGUUCUUCGCGCUGCCCUUGGAGGAGAAAAUGAAAGUGGCGAAGCGGCAGUUCCGUCGUGACAGUGGAUGCCUCUACAAGGGAUAUUUCCCGGUUCAGCCGGGAGAAAUUUCGCACAAAGAAGUGCAUCAACUCAAAGCCGUCACAGUAUCGGGAUGA